UAUGAGUUGGAUCCAUGCGUCACAGAAGGUCGAGUAAACUGCGUGACUCAUCAUAACGGAAGAAGAUUGUUGCGUUUUGCAAGUUUGAGAUUCAUGUUCUCCGAAGUAUUAUGCGCAAGAGGAAGGAAGAUGGGAUAGGGGUUGAUCAUCAACAUUUUGUAAUGUCUUCAUGGCGCCAAUAAAGUAGAGAUCAUGACGAGUCGGAGGAGGGUAAAUAAUUCGGAGGAGGUUUAAUUUCCCUCCCCCCCCGGCUCUUUCCUUGUAUGAUGCUGGGUCGGUGCUAGCGACGCUUCCCUGCACCCGACGGGAGCGGACUUGCCGAUUCUCUAUUUUGAAGACUUGAUCUAUUAUGACAUGACUUGUCAUUUUGGCUCAAGUAAAUGUCGUGCCCAGCUUUUCUAAGCGAAAUGUGCACGUGAGUUUUGAGGGAGAUCCACUGUGCCGGAUCUUAUAUACGAGGGAUAGAGUAGAUCAAUCAUGGCUCAUACGUGGUAGUAAGUCGACUCUCUUUCAUAUUCGGCACAAAGGUUUCGGUUUAUAUAAGUAAUUGAGUAUCGCAUGUCGUCGAGCCCCGAUCGUCGCCGGGGUACGUUCUUUUCCCUGUUCGGCUUUUCUACAGCGGUGGCCGUUGUGCUGCAUCGUUUGCGUAAUCGUAGCGCCUGGCCGUUGUGCUUCAGGCUUCCCGCGGGGUAAUUAAGUGGAAUUAUAGCGGGAAAUUGUAGACCCAGGUCCCAAAAAAAAAAAGAUGCGUGAAUGAGUGAAUGAAUAAUGACGUAGCUACGAUCUUUGCGAGGUACUUGCUGACUCAUAUCGUUCUAUUAUAUGGUGGAAGAUGACCACUUGAGUCGCAUAUGAUAUUAUUUAAUCGUGGACCUAAGACCGCUGAUCAAGAACAAAUGAUGACAACAGCACACACAUAUCCAGAAAUUAAGUUACAACAAUGUUGUGACACCUCAAAUUUUCAUCAUACUCUUAUUACAACAACCAGAUGAAUUCUUCUACUGAAGCGAUCAAUUCUUCUACUACUACUAAUGAAUUCUUCUACUACUUCUCCGCGCACUUGGUAAGUGCUGGCCUGCUGCUGUCGUUGAGCUCUCGCUCCAUACUACGACGCGGCUCGCCGCGGGGAGGUCCGGCGCUUUGGGGCUGCCUUGGCGCGGCGCGCCGGCUUCUGACUAAAUGCCCCCGGCGUUGUUUCUCUGCUGUUUUCACCGCUGCACCUGCUUACCCUUUUUCGGUGUUGGUUCGAGGUCUGCCCAGGCUUCUUCUUACUUACCAUGACGGCACCGGCAAACGCACCCGGACCGCGGCGCCUCUUGUUAGGACUCUCCUGCAUUUGCCUAGCGCGUCGCUGUGCUUCAGAUUCCGCCCGCCGGGCCGUCUUUAGGUCUGUGGAUAACCGUCUAUCCUUCUCUUAAUAAUAAUACAUAACCAGAAACUAUUACAACAAAUUCUCUCAUCUUUUUACCUUUUCUCUUUCUCUCUGCUUCCUCCAUUAAACCUUCUGGCACUUAUCUCACGCUUAAUCAGUUAUUACAGCAACCAGAUGAAUUCUUC